ACUAUGUUCCGGAUUCUCGCGAUCCCGGUUUUCUGCAUCGUGGCAUGGGUAUCCGCGCUGAACGAUCCGUUGUCAGUUGGUGUGUUUUCGAAAUUGAAUUUUCCGGAAAUGAAGACUGACGUAAAAAACUUCUUUCACGUACUUACAGAUUUACCCAGGUUCGGUAAACCGUUGAACAAUCUGACGGUCUCAGUGGGUCGUGAAGCCAUUUUCACCUGCAUCGUGGAAAAUCUUGGCCCGUACAAGGUAGCGUGGCUUCGUGUAGAUACGCAAACCAUUCUCACGAUUGCGAAUCACGUCAUUACAAAAAAUCAUCGAAUCGCCGUGACGCAUAGCGGUCAUCGUGCGUGGUCUCUUCAUAUCAGGGAUACCAAGGAAACGGACAGGGGAUGGUAUAUGUGCCAAGUCAACACUGAUCCAAUGUCCAGCAACACUGGCUUCCUGGAAGUAGUCGUACCCCCGGAUAUCCUGGACUACCCUACCAGCACGGACAUGGUGGUGCGAGAGGGGAGCAAUGUGACGUUACGAUGCGCUGCCACUGGUACCCCAGAGCCAACAGUCACGUGGCGUCGUGAAGCAGGGGGCACAAUCACCCUGUCAAACUGGCAAGAGGUUGGCCAGGGCCCGGAGUUGGAAAUAACCCGUGUGACACGUCUUCAUAUGGGACCGUAUCUCUGUGUAGCAUCGAACGGUGUCCCACCAGCAGUCAGCAAGCGAAUUGUUCUGAUCGUUCACUUUCAGCCCAUGGUUUGGAUCGAAAACCAGUUAGUAGGCGCUUACGAGGGCCAAAGACUUACCUUGGAAUGCCAUAGCGAAGCUUAUCCAAGACCGAUCACUUACUGGACAAGACCAACAAAUGAAACGAUUGCGAAUGAUAACAACUACGAAGUAGAAACAAUUCCAAAGGGAUAUGAGAUAACCAUGAGGUUAACCAUAAAAGCUGUGCGACCUCAGGACUUUGGAUCGUUUCGGUGCGUGGCAACCAACUCAUUAGGUGAAACGGACGGAAAAAUCAAGCUGUACAGAAUCGAUAGACCCCCGACGACGCGGCGGCCAAAUACGAGACGAGAUUCAAAGAAAUCUUGGAAGAUGGAUCACAGCUAUGAAAAGAAGACAGCUGGUAUGAAAGACGAGUCGAUGCUAAAAGGCCUCGAUAACGAUGACGAGCAGAUUGAUUUUCAAUCGGCUACAGCUUCGACGUUCCUUCAUCGACAUUUAUUUGCAAACCUCGGUAUCACUGUUGCCACAGCCAUUCUAGCAGGCGGAUUGUCAACGUAGACCCUCAUAGGAUAAUAAUCUCUUUUGGAACUGAUUAAUCCAUACUUGGACGAAUCUCCAGAAUGAUGGUAGAGACGAGUGCGAGUUCAAGUGGACCUCCUGGAUGUGGAAGAAUUUUCGAGAAACACGGAUAAAGCUAAUCUUACGAGGCAUAGAGGACCAGCUAGCUAGUCUUUUCCUGUGAAUGUAAAAUGUCCAGAAAGCGUACGAAAAAGUUCACGAUUCUGUGGUGUCGUUCAGCAUCAAGACUCGUGUAUUGAUAAAUGACAGAUAACUUAAAUAAAUAUAGUGGUGGCGUGUGUUCUUCUUUGAAGAAUUUUAUUUAUAAUACUAUUAACACUUUCGCGGACGCUGAACAGGAGUGACGGCUCAAUUCUGAACUGAUCUUGAGCGGCCUCAUGUGAAUAAAUUGAGAAACCCCGGACGAUCCUUGUCUCUCCAUGUACGGAAGACAAGGAAAGCGCAUAGCCAAGCAACCAUGUUGACAUAAAGCUGUUCAAGCGAUUUCAUAGUCGUAGUAUGUACUAUUGGAUACAAGAAGGGCUUCUGAGUGCUCAGGCUCUUUUUUACAAUUAGUAAAAUGCUUAAGGGGGUAGACUAGGGUAAUGCAGCGAGGUGACA